AUGAUUAGCCUUGAAAAUUAUAGGACAAGUAUAGCACUUUAUAAGCAACAUCAUGUGCGGAUUUAUAUGAACAAUCAAUAUGUACCAUACGAAGAUGCUAUUAAUAAUAAUAUUACAAUUUUGUUAAAUAAUUCGUCAUAUGAUUAUAUCAAUUCAAUGACGAAAGAUAUACCCAAGGUAAGUAAAUUGAAUAUGUACAACCUCGGGACGUAUUUACGUGAAAGGUACGAUAAAUUCUUAGGUAAUGUUUAUUCAAAGAAAAUUAUGAAAAUUCGUACUACGGAAUUUCCAUUAUCACAAAUAUCAGCGGAACUUGUUAACGCGGCACUUUGGCCACCGUCAGAAUUACAAAAAUGGAAUGACGAUUUGAAUUGGCAACCUAUACCUUUUGAAUAUACCAAAGUGGAAAAUGAUACGUUGUUGUUAGGCACGUACUGUCCACGUUUUAAAAUAGAAGAAUUCAAAGCAGAAGAAUAUAUGGACAAAAUAAUAUUACAUCAUAAACCAUUAUUCGAUUAUCUUUCCAAUCAUACUGGCAUGAAAAUGACCAAACCAUCGGAUGUAGAAUUUUUAUACAAUGUUUUAAAAACAAAAAAUGCUUAUAAUUUAUCAAUACCAUUUUGGGCAAUUGAUACAUUUCCAGAUGGUGAAAUGUAUAAUGUAACAUUAUUGCAAUAUGAUUUAUUAUCUAUGACAACUGUUCAAAGACAAUUAAAUGGUGGAACAUUUUUAAAAGAAAUUACUUUAAAUGCAUUAAAAUAUAGUCAAGGUAUUAUUACAAAUGAUAUGAAAAUGAUGAUGUACAGUGGUGACGUCAGAAAUAUCAUCGGAAUUUUGAAAGCUAUGAAUUUAUGGUCACCACAUAUACCAUCGGAAGCAUCUUCACUUAUUUUCGAAUUGUAUUUUAACAAUGUCACAUCUACAUACGGAAUAAUGAUCAAUUAUUAUACGGGUAUUCACGAGGAAAAUGUCAUUUUGACGUUACCAGGAUGUUCUGUAAUUUGUCCUUUAAAUGUAUUUUCACAAAUUAUUUUCGAUUCAAUACCAAUCGACGAAAAUUCAUUAUGCAAAUGGACAAAUGAUUUAUCAUAUAUAAAUAUAAAUUCUAAAACUAAUACAGCUAAUCUCAAUUGCAAUCAAUUAAUA